AUGGUCGCGCACGCACCACCCAAGCUCCUGGCGAAGCAAUGGCUGCUAGCCUACCAAUUCGCGCCCGUCUUCGUUGCACCCGUUAUCCUCCUCGGAGCAUUAAGUAACGCGAUACUUGCCUAUUCCACCGCUUCCUCGCCAUCUCCGGCUGUCGCGACUGCCAGCGUCAUCCCAUACACAGCGCUGUACAUGGAGUCUGGUCAAGGCACAGACAAGGAUACAACGAAGGCGAAGGCGAAGGCAUGGGCGGAGGGCGUCGACAUGAAGACCAUCGCCAAUGCGUGGGCGAAAACAAAUGCAUGGCGCUAUGUCAUUACUGGAAUUGUUACUGUCAUCAGUGCGACUGCUACGGCCUUCAAUAAGGCCUGA